GGGUGGCGUCGGUGGUGUUGUUGUUGUUGGGGGUGGUGAGGGUGGUGACGGACAGAGACAAGGGCACGAGGAGAGAGCGAAAGCCUCAGACGAGGGGAGAGAAACGCGCCGAGAGACAGACGCGCGGGCACACGGGGUGGCGAGCAGAGUUCCAUCGCCCCGGCAUGGAAUCGGAUCGUCGCAGUGGGCCACCUCGGUGUGUGAAGAAGAAGAAGAAGACGAUUGCUGGGCAAGAGAAGAUGUGAACGUGCGGAUAAAGCGUCUCAACGAUUGUCGGGGCGAGUGGCCUGGGCGAGUGGUGGAGCUGUCAUCGUCAGCACCGGCGUGCUGAAUGGAGGGCGGCCAUCAGUGCGGGGCCGAGUUCCUGCACCUGUGCACCGCGCGGGACUUCUCGCUCGUCAGGAGGCCUCGUCCCAGGCAGAUCUUCGUGGGGGCCUUGUGCCGGCGCGACGAGGCUAUGCAGGGGCUGAGGAACAUGGGGGUGGCCGACGAGCUGGUGGAGGAAGAGGCGGAGGAGAUGGUGGAAGAGGAGGCGAUGGAGGAGAUGAUGGCCAGCGGUGUUGGCAGUGGUGACGGUGCUACUCGUGAGGAUGAUGAUGAUGGUGGUGGUCGCGGUGACACCUCCUCCACUGCCACUGCUACUGCUGCUACUGCUGCUGCUGCUCCAGUCGUCGCCGGUGCUGCUGCUGCUGCAGCUGCUACCGCUGCUACGGUGUCUCCUGCCGUUGCCGAGGAUGCUGCCACCGCAGCUGCCUGCGCAAUUCCACCGCCAGCCGUUGCUGGCGCAGGGGGGUGGUCGUGUGACGGCGGACCGUGCGACGUUGGAUCGGCCGGAGGCGACGGGAGGGUCGAUCAUCCGCAAUUCGUCCCGCACGGCGCAAGCGGGAUGACGAGGAACUUCUCCGACAACCGCCUGGACGGGGAGCUGUUUGCGGGCAACCUGGCCCUGCUUCACGCGAGCCGCCUAAAGCGCGUCGCCUCGGCCCCGCAGUGCGGCAGCCAGGGAAUGAUGCAGACGCUGGCCGGCAUCGCACCCAGCCUGCCUCCCUUCCCGGCCAGCCCCCAGCAACAACAACAUCAUCAGCAACAGCAGCAGGAACUCCUCGGCCAGAACCAGAAGCAGCAACAGUCGGCGUCUUCAUGCGAACGUUCUGAAUCUGACCUGGAUUCAAACCCAGACCUUCAUGGUCAGCCCCAAAUUAGCAAUCACCUCCUUCACACGCAGCAGCAGCAGCAGCAGAACAAGGGGAGGAACGACACUGCGGACAAUCAAGAGCCAGUUGUCGGAGUAGGAAUUGGAGGUGGCAGAUUGGGUGUAGGAUUAGGAGGUGUAGGUAUAGGAGUUGCAGUUGGACCUCCCAGAACCAACACCAGCACCGGCUCCAGCUGCAGCAGCAACAACAGCAGCAACAGCAACAGGCGCCAGCUGGGCCCCCUGCACCGGCGGCCGCCGCGCGAGCUGGCGCUGCACUACCUGUCACCCUGCAUGGAGAAGCACGGCAUCUGCGUGGUGGACCGCUUCCUGGGCGCCGCGCUGGGCGACUCGGUGCUGGCGCAGGUGUGCUCCCUGCACGCCGGCGGGCGCUUUCGCGAUGGCCAGCUGGUGAGCCCGCGCCGCGACUCGGCCGUCAUCCGCGGGGACAAGAUCGCGUGGGUGGAGGGCCGCGAGCCCGAAUGCGACAUGAUCGGCGUGCUGCUGAGCCGCAUGGACGAGCUCAUCCUGCACUGCCAGGGCCGCCUGGGCCGCUACAGCAUCAACGGGCGCACUAAGGCGAUGGUGGCGUGCUACCCGGGCCGCGGGACCGGGUACGUGCGGCACGUGGACAACCCCAAUGGGGACGGCCGCUGCAUCACGUGCAUCUACUACCUGAACAAGAACUGGAACACGGAGGAGAAGGGUGGCCUUCUGCGGAUUUUCCCCGAGGGCAAGGCGCAGCAUGCUGACGUUGCGCCCACGUUCGACCGCCUCCUUCUCUUCUGGUCCGACCGACGGAACCCCCACGAAGUGCAGCCGGCGUUCGACACCCGAUACGCGAUCACCGUGUGGUAUUUUGAUGCGGAGGAGCGGGCCCGUGCCAAAGAGAAAUACCUCACUGCUGCCGGAGAGAAGGGAGUCCGGGUCACGCUGAACGAGCCACAGCCACAGACGUAACGAGACGCUCGUCCUCUAGGCCGCCCCACCGCUCGUCCGCCCGCCCGCCCGCCCGCUCGGCCACCCUCCUACGCUGCACUCUGUGACUUCACCAGCCAGCAGCCUGAUGACCCAUCAUCGUUAUCCCUGGUUUCGAAAAAUGCGACAAUCGGAUGUUCAUGAGCCAAACGCCUCUGAUUUCUGCCGAGUGUGAGCAGGGCACGAUGGCCGAUGCUCUGUGUUUGGCAGAGGCCCGAGAGGUGAUACGCGAGGAUGUUAUCGAGGCCUGCUGGGACACCGUGGCCUCACAGCAGACGAUCAGACUGCUCGGCAGUCCGUGUAGUAGUUUAUUUUUAUUUUCUAAACUCUCACCCAGUAACCGUGAAUAUCUCAGCCUCAAUGCAAUGCCUCUGAACGCGGUCCCUGUGGUUCCCUCACUUGCGUUGACGCCCGCUGUGUUUACUGGAGUAGGGUGGCGGGACCGACUGUAUUGACUGCGGGACCCGCGUGCGGUAACUACGCGAAGCCUCUCGUGUACGCUCUCAUCUCCUGCAUCUUGAAUCUGCCGCCCCUCUCUGAGUCUUUCCCCCCAGUUCCCCCCAGCACUUUGCCCCCCCCCCCACCCCCUCCGAGGAGUUGUGGGUAAUUUGGAAGAUUUACCAACUCCUUGCCACACUAGGGGCGAGGACUUGGGAGUGAGAAAGAAAAAAACAACUCGCGCUAAUCAUGACUCCGAUGCGUGGCGAAAAGCAUGGAAAAUUCCCCCGCGGGUCAGUGUUUGCUCGAAUACCAUUUUUUUUGUGCUGCUCCGAGCCAGCCGGCAGCAGCCUCAGCCUCGGCCAAUCGGCUGCGAGUUUUUAGCGUGGAGUGCGGGACGUGUUUUUUUUUUGCGCUGUAGAAGCGUUCGCGUAUGGUGCGGCGGGGAACGGUGACGUGUUUUCCGCGCCGUCUGCCUUUGGUGCUGUGGCGUAGCGUGCUCCAGUGGAGGAAGGGGGUCGUCAAAGGUCGGCGAAGGUGGCGGUGAAAACCAUGAAUAUUCACGGUUUCGGUUGCAAUAAUUGCAAGGCGACGUGACGGACUGCCGUCAAGGAAUUGAUUCGCCAUUUCACCUAAUACUCUCAAAGAGACUGCCAUUUGUAAUCUUGUUUACCCAAAAGAUAUGAAAUUUACAAAGGGUAAUUUUGAUAAAAGGGAUAUUAAAGAUAGGCAUAGCCUCACACUUAUUACUGUAUGUACAUUUAAAUUAAUUUCAAAAACGAUAGCCCUUACAAUUGAUGCACUUACUCCGUCGUGAUUAGUGCUUAAACUUGAGCCUUCGUAAUAUGCCAAAUGGUUUUUGGAUGGCGAGUGUUUGAGAUGAACCUGGGAUUGGUGGGAUUACGCGCACGUGACGGCCAUUGUGAUGAUGUACGAGACCCACAGACAGCAACGAGGUAGCGUCAGUAGCCAUGCAGAGAUGGGCAGUAUCUAAAGUACAAAUUAUAUGUAAUUUAGAUAUACGUAAUUCGAUAACUUUUGUAAUAGGUAUCCAAAUUAAAACCUCAAGUAAUUGGUCAUUUGGAUGUAAAUGCGUGUAAUUUAACGGUGUUAAUUUCAUUAUAUUAGUCAUUUGUUAUCUAUAUUACACAUCCGAAAAAAAUAAUUAGGUAAAUUGCGUCUAUAUUACACAAGACGCUGUUAAUUAGUAAUUUGUGUCAGAAUUGCACUUCCUCCGAUGUUACGUAAUUUUAAUUAAUUUUACCCAUCUCUGCGAGGUUAUUAGGAGAGUCGUACAGCAUAGUAGGGUUUUAAUUUGUCAGGUUCUGUAUUGAUGGGGGAGGGGGGGGGCAGUUAUGUUUUAUGCAUAGGUAUUCUCAAGGCAAUCCAAUUUCUCCUUGCACAUGAAACAAAUAUAUAUGUAACAUUAAAAAAAUAAAUCAGCCAAACAUCUCAAAUUUUGACCCUGGACCUGAUGGAGGGUUGUUGUAAGCUUUCGCGUAAUAAUAAUUAUGACGUCGCUAAUUGAUUUUAUAACUGAAUAAGUUUUCGAUUUCACGUCGCCGUUUACAGUUUUAUUUUCGAAGUUCGUCCGUCUUGUCACUUUUAUAUACGCGAUGAUUGUUUAUUUUUUUCUCCUUUGCAAAAAAGCGACCGCGAAAUUUUACCUUCAGGUUUUUGUGUGUGUGUGUUGUUUAAGGAGCAUAACGUACACGCGCUUCCGACAAUUACUGGGAAUUUUGGAGCACGCAGAAAAUCGCGAAAUGUAACACUCGGAUCGAUUUGCCCAGUUGCUCGCACAAGGUAUGGAAUUGAGACGACCGGGAUGAGGGGCCAGAGGUGUCCGGUGGGGGGGGGG